CUGUUCUCCAUUUCGUAAAACAAAGUUGAAGCCCAAUCCAUUCUACCAAAAGCGCCACUCUCCCUCCACUGUUCUCCCAGAUCUCCCCUCUCUCUCCAUUUAAAUUUUUCGAAACCAUAACUCCUGAAAAACAUUCAACACUCACUUCUUUAGUCUCUGUUCGAUUGAUCGGAUGAUAAAUAAAAUGCUUCGAAAUUUGGAUCUGAUAAACUGAAAAACGGAGUAAUUUCUCGAAUUAGUUGAAUAAUUGCAGAAAAAUUAAAGAUGAGUGGAGCAAAAUUAUGUGGAUUGUUAGGGGAGCUAGGGUUCGAAGGUCACGAGAAACUGGACAAAGAUAGCUUUGAAUGGCCUUUUCAAUACGACGACGCUCGACCAAUUCUCGAUUGGCUUUGCUCUAAUCUUCGCCCUUCUAAUGUUCUCUCUCCUUCAGAGAUUUCUCAGUAUGAGCAGUUUCUACAGGAAGGGAAGUUUUUGGAGGGGGAGGAUCUUGAUUUUGCUUAUGAUAGCAUUUCUGCCUUUUCCGCUAGGAGAGACAAUCAGGAGGCUGUUUUUGGCGCUGAAGAAGGGAUGAAGGAAAUUAGGGAUGCAACAAUGGCAUACAAAGCUGAAGCCCUAGAGCUGCAGAGACAGCUUAGCCAGCUCCAGUCACAAUUUGAUAUGCUGACUGGCCAGGCUUCAUCUUUAAUUCAAGGGAAAAGGGCAAGAGUUGUAGCAACAUCUUCUGUUACAGGACAACUUAAUACAGUGGAAGAUAGCCUUUCAGCUAGAAAUUUGGAGAUGAAUGCAGUUCUUGGAAGGAUUGCUUCAACCUCACAGGAGUUGGCACAUUAUCAUUCUGGAGAUGAUGAAGGCAUAUAUUUAGCUUACUCUGAUUUUCAUCAGUACUUGAUAAGUGAUUCAGCUUGUUCGAAGGAAUUAAGUCAGUGGUUUUCCAAACAUCUGGACUCGGUUCCGUUUCGGCUAGUUGCUCAGGAUGGAAAAGCUAAAUGUUCGUGGGUGAGUUUGGAUGACAUAUCAAAUGUUUUAGUAAGAGAUCUAGAAAAUUGUCAUCAUGAACGCGUGUCUGAGCUCCAAAGACUUCGCUCCAUAUUCGGGACAAGUGAGAGGCAAUGGGUAGAGGCUCAAGUAGAGAAUGCUAAGCAGCAAGCAAUUCUUACGGCACUCAAAUCUCAAGUUGCUUCUGAUGAAGCUCACAUUCAUAUGGAUCUCCAUUCUCUUAGGAGAAAACAUGCAGAGUUGGUGGGAGAACUUUCAAAUCUUCAUCAUAAAGAAGAGAAGUUCUUGUCUGAGACUAUACCUGAUCUUUGUUGGGAACUGGCUCAGCUGCAAGAUACAUAUAUUUUGCAAGGUGACUAUGAUUUGAAAAUAAUGCGUCAGGAGUUCUAUAUUAAUCGGCAGAAGGCGUUCAUUAAUCAUUUGAUCAACCAGCUUGCGAGGCAUCAGUUUCUAAAGAUAGCAUGCCAGUUGGAAAAGAAAACAAUGCUUGGAGCAUAUUCAUUGCUUAAAAUCAUCGAGUCAGAACUUCAGUCAUAUCUCUUGGCAACAAAAGGACGAGUGGGUCGUUGCCUAGCCCUGACUCAAGCUGUAUCUGAGGUUCAAGAACAAGGGGCGGUAGAUGACAGGGACAAUUUCUUGCAUGGUGUUAGAGAUCUUCUAAGCAUAUAUUCAAAUGCCCAGGCUAGUGUCUCAAGAUAUGUCUCAGCUCCUGGCAUUGUUCAGCAAAUAUCAAGCCUUCAGUCAGACUUGAUGAGUCUUCAAUCUGACCUAGAAAAUCUGCUUAUCGAGGACCGGAAUAGAUGCAUCAAUGAGCUGUGUACUCUAAUUCAGAAUUUGCAGCAGCUGCUUUUUGCCUCGUCAACAACAGCGCUACCUGUAUUGACACCAAGGCGAUUGACAAAGGAGCUUGAUGAAAUUGAAAAGAUCAAUUCAAGGCUUUCUGCUGCUAUCGAGGAAGUAAAUUUUGAACAUUAUAAGAAGAACGAGAUUGUCAAACAUCAUGCAACAGAGGUAGAAUUCCAAAGGCGUAUUUUUGUUGAUUUCUUCUGUAAUCCUGAUCGUCUGAGGAGUCGAGUAAGAGAGUUGAAUGCUCGUGUCAGAGCUUUACAAGCUUCAUGAUGCUUUUUCUAUUAUGUAUGUAUUUAGGAAUUUUUUUGGCAUUUGCCAUUUUGGGAUAUGUUGUAUAAUGUGUAUAUGUAGUUUUGGUCGCGAAGGUCCUAGAUGUAUUUUCAAUUCCAUAAUUUUUCAGUAGUGUAAAAUCUGCCUUAGUUGGCUAAUAUUGAUCGAAUUACGUAAGUGAAAGUGUUGAUUUAUGUCGUAGAGACAGCAAUAAAACUUGGGUGAUCUUUUACCCUACUGUAAGACAAGUAGUUUCUGUUAUGAUGUGACACUGAAUCUUUAAAAGAAA